UAAAACAAAACGCAGAACAUCGUCGGGCUCGUCUUUCUACUUGACGCCGCCGCCGCCGCUGCCGCUCCUCCGUCCUCCGCUACCGCCACUCUGCCAUCUGCUUCCCUGCCGCUGCCGCCUCAAAAUCCCUUCUCUUCCCCUCCCUAUGCGGUCUCUGCCGCCGGCGGCUCUCUGCCUCGCUUCCCCGCCACCGCGGCCGACCUCGACCUAGGGCAACGGCGACGGAACACUUCGGCGGCUGCGGAGUUCGUCCUCUCUCGGCGUGACUAGGUGCAGGCCGCAUACAGAAGGUCAAGGACCCAGAUGUUUUCUUCGCAGGAAGCUGAAACUAUUGUUCUGUGUGGUUUUUACCCAGAGGACGCGGCCGACUUCUCUUUCAAGGAUGGUAACAGGCUGUGCUCUCUUUUUCUGCGGCAGCAAGGUCUCAUCAAGAAAAAGCGAAGAUGGCUGGCCUCGCUGAAUCCCGAAUUAGGUGUCCCCUUCAAACUUAAGCGACCAAAGUUUCUGAAAGUCGUCUACUUGGCUGAAUCGGAUGUCAGGACUGAUGAAGUGUCCAGCGAGAAAGUAAGAUGCAACAUCGAAGAAAGUUUUGGUUUGCAAAGCAAGUGUUACAUUCAUCAUGUAGUUCUGGAUGGUCUUGAGCUUUUUAAGUUGCAAAAACAGAAGGAUGGCUCUCUCUGUCCAGAAAGCUUGAAGACCAUGCACUGUACAAUCAGCAAAUUAAGCAAUGGAGCACUUGAGUCAGUGGCUAAUAUUGUCGCCCACAAUGGGAUUAGUUUCAGGAAGAUUAGGCCUACAAUGAUGAAAAUCGUGAAGGACCACCUUCCAAAAUACUUGGCUGAAUUGGACAGUGAAAGUGGUAUGCGAUUGUCUGAAAUUUUAACAAAUCCAUGCAGCUACCGUUCUAAUUCUGUCCGUCUUAGAACACCUGUUUCACCAAUGCUUCUGUCAUCUAUUGACCAAGCUUUAGCUGGGCUGGAUGAAAUUCCCCAGCAAGCUGCUAUUGCAAUCAAUAGAAAGCUCUCAGGAAAAUCAUGCCCCCCAGAAUUUCUGCAUGUAGCUCGAACUUCCAGCAGAAGCCAUCUUAUUAAUUUGAUAAGGAAAAGAUGUGGAAAUAUGAUAGCAAAGCUGCAGGAAGGCAAUGAUCUACCAGAGAACUUUGCAAAAGCAUUGUCAGUGAUGAACCUAUAUCGGAAACUCACACUAAAGAGCAUGGAUAUUUCACAGUCAGAGUUCUUUCCCUUUCCACGUGCGACUAUAUCAUCGCAGCAAGAUAUCCUGAAUGCUCUAUGGUCACUUCCAAACGUCGAUACUGAUGAUAUGAAGUUGCUGCGUCGCAUUAUGGGCCAAGGUUCUCAAGUGAAGAUGGCAUCAUUCAAAGCAGCUGUGAGGAGGUACUUGACAGAAUGCUUGUUUGAGUGUGAUGAUGGUAAUUUACCAGAUUUGGCAGUACGUGCCAUUGGUUUCUUAGCUCAAAUGUCUCCUAAAUGUCAACAAGCUAUUCUCACAGAUGAGAGAAAGGAAGUGGAAGUAGAUGCUGUCUUGGAUUUAAGCAGUUGCCUCAGAUCUUUGGUACGUGGUGCCACUGAAGAAAACUCGAGCGAUGACGAAGUUAGCUUAGAGAGUGACAGGUGCAGUGAAGAUAAUGAUUUUGUACUCACCACGAGCAACUACUUUGAUAUUCGUUCUGAGCAGCACAUGGAUGAGGGCUGCUGUUCAAAUUUCAUGAUCAAUAGCACUGAAGAUUCUGAGUACACUGCUGGUGCUGGACAUUAUGGAGACAGUGGUGCUGCUGGCAGUACGAUGGAUCCUAGUUCGGAGAAGGACAAUGUGGAGAUGACUAGAUGCUCUGCAGAAGAUCUCUCUGCAUUAUGUGAUGACACUGCAAGUAUUGCACAUGAGCUUAUUGGGCACAUUCUUAAAAACAUGUUGACUGAAGACGAGGGGAUUGAUGAACUUACCGGAUGUUAUCUUGGAGGCAGUUCUAAUUCUCAAGAUCCUCAAGAUCCUGAAGCGGAGAACCAAAAAGGCGACAUUGUGAUGAAUGCUGUCCAGAGUCUCUUACCUAAUCUGCCGAAAAGCUCCAUCGACAAAGUUAGGAGCAUACUAGAUGGUGCUGAGCAGUGAGGAUGGUCAAUAGACAUUUUUAGGUGUCGAACCUUGCAUGGUGCUGUGAAUUGGGAUAUUGAAUGUGAUGGACAAUUUUACCUUAUGAAGAGGGAUGGGCAUGUUUUGUUUUGCUGGGGGAAAUGUGCAUGCAGUGGACAUUUUUUUGCCAUAUCACUGGAAAGCUAGCACAUGUGCUUACAUGGAUCCUGUAAUUAGCGAUUUUUUGUGCACUCUGACAUGGUUAAGACUGGUGAUUUUUGAAAUAUACUAGCCUGUUGCAAGACUGGUGGUGUUUUUCA